AUGGCCGACCUGCAACUGACGCCAGGGCAGUCGCCGCCUCUUGCUAUAAUCACUGACACAGACCAACGAGGAGUUCUGUGGAUCAUAACCGGCAUCGGACUCGCAACCGUCGCGACUUCGUUGGUAAUCAGGGCAUAUGUCCGAAUCGAGUUCAGUCGCUCGUAUGGCCUGGACGACAUAUCUAUUGCGGUAGCAUCUUUAUUCUUUGUCAUCCAGUCUGCUCUCGUGAUUGUCGCCGUCAGGGAUGGGAUUGGAAGAACGUUGCCAGAGAAUACCGACUUGGUUUCACUUCAGAAGACCUAUUAUGCCUCCAAUCUGUUCUAUAUUCUCAGUCUGUGGACUUCGAAGAUCUCGAACCUUCUUCUUAUUUAUCGAUUGAGCGUACAGAGGGCGCACAAACUCACAACUCAAGCCCUGAUAGCCGUCACCUUAUUGCUUGGCGUGAUAGGUUUCCUCCUCAUUGCGCUCGUGUGCGACCUGAGCCACCCCUGGAUCUUCAUCGGAGAGAAAUGCUCUGGCGUUGGGGCACGAUGGGAGGCGAUAGCAGCUUUUGAUAUAUUCACUGAGCUAGCGGCUUUUGCAGUGAUCUUCUAUAUCGUGUGGAGCAUUCAGAUUGCUCGCGACAAGAAGAUGGCCAUUGUUACUGGCUUUGACGAUAGCACCUUUAGCAGUCCGUCUCGGGAUAAGGUGGUCAUCACCACUCAGACCGAGCUUGUUGUGGCCCUCGUAGCUGCCACGGUCCCUUGCCUAAAGCCAUUCAUGGGCGCUGUAGACACAAGCUUUGGAGCGGCGGCUGGAACCUCGUUGGCAGGGUCCGGUUAUAACAAGCGCAGUACAAGGUCGGGAAACGGCGGUCAAUAUAGCAACGAGAGCAAGACAGCCUUGAGCUCCAAUGGUUUCCGCAUUAGAAGAAAGAAGAACGGCGUCGACGCAUUGACUAGUCAUGAUGACAUCGCACUGGAACCUAUGAGCCGUUCGUGGACUGGCAAAGCGGACUUGGAAGAUCAAACCGGAGAUCGAAAUACAUCAACCACAACCAAACCAAGUACAGAUGACCACCAGAGCGUUGGCAGUCAAGAUAGUCAACAGAUGAUCAUCCGCCGUGAUGUCGAGUGGAAUGUCCGGUACGAGUCUCGUCAGAAUGAUGCCGACAAUGUUAUGGAGAGGAUAGAAAGGUACAACACGCAGACACACCGAUAA